GUUGAGAGAUUUUAUAUUUUCAUGCAUAUUUUGUAGUCAUAAGUCAUAACUCCCGUCUCGUUUUGAGAUUUGAGUUUUCUUUUAAAAUUUCCGUUGAAUUUAUAAUAAUAAUCGCAGACAUGAGUUUAGCUGGAGCUACUAAAUCUUUACUGCUUUUGGGUCGGUGUGCUCCGUCAGUCAAACAGAAUGCAUCAAAAAUUAUUGUUAAGAAAUUAGAAUUAGACCAGAACCUAUUAAUGUAUUUUCAUAAAGAUGAAGUUUAUUAUGCUCAUGAUCCAGAACAACAGUGUAAGACGGGUGAUGUCGUGCUCAUCCAAGAAUUAUCAGAAAAACUAACAACUCACAUUACUCAUCAAGUACUCAAAGUGGUGUAUCCUUUAGGUGAUGUUACAGAUCCUAUAACUAAUAAAAAAGUAGCAGCGCUUCGAAGUGGAACAGUUUGUUACAGGGAUGAUUUAGAAGAAAUUGAUAAUCUUUAUGGUCUAACCAAGAAACGAUUUAAUUAUGCCAACGCACCCAAAAGAGGAUGGCAAGAGGACAAAAAAGAUUUUUCUCACAAAAAAAGCUACAUCAAAUACCAUGAAUCUGAAGAAGAACAGCCAUAUUCAGUUCCAAGAUAAAUGUUUAAUUUAUAUAUUUAACAUUUUUAUUUGUAUGUAGGAAACAUAGUUUAUUAAUAAUAUAUUAAAACAUAAUGUAUCAAUUUUUCAAAAUUUUAUAUUGAUGUCUAUUAAGAAAAUAUGCAUUUCAUUUGAUUUUAUAUAACUAUAAAAAAAAAA